AUGCUGCUGCUGCGAAAAUCGAUGCCAUCUCCAGCAGGGCCACCAGCCAAAUCUCCUCCCCCCCGGGAGGCAAGGGGCCAGAGCAUCAGCAUCAUCAUCAUCGUGAGCACCCCUUUCAUUAACUUUGGAGGUAUUAUGGGUCCGGUGUGCCGUGCCAUGUGUGAGCAUGUUGUGGUGGUUGGGCUGUGGUCAUCCCACGUCCACCGCGGCAGCCCGGGAGGCUCUCCAAAAGAUCCCGACCCCGGCUCGAAUGGCCGUCGCAACAGACGACGGAGGUUGGGAGAGGACGGCGUAUACCAGCAACGCCGGAACAACUCUGGCCACAGCACAAAGUAG